AUGAAGCGCAAAAUCGACAAAUCUGAGGUAAUAAAGGAGAAAAAAGAGCCAAAAACCGAAACAAAACCAAGUCCAUCGGAUUCUAAACACAAACAAGAGCUGCCUCUGGAAUUUAAACCAGCAAUUAAGUUCGUGCCUCCACAACUCAGGUCCAGGAAUCUUCACCACUAG